ACAGUACUGCGUACUUCCAGUCGACCUUCUCACCUUACCUCCUGUGUCUGGACACCAGCUUGCUCUCGGGUAGUUCUGAAUCUCCAACUGAGCCAGGCUCAACAUGGAGCCCGCGGUCGCAAAAGGCCUGAAUGACAAGCUUUACGAGAAGAGAAAGGGAGCGGCUCUUGAGCUGGAGAAGGCCGUUCGCGAUGCCCAAUCACACGGUGACAUGCUCAAGAUCCAACAGAUAGUGGGUCAACUCUGCGAUCUUUUCGCCUCCUCCAGCAACCCUCUUCACUCAAGAAACGGUGGUCUCAUUGGUCUUGCGGCAACAUCUAUCGCUUUGGGCGUUGACGUGGCUCAGUAUCUCGAGACCAUUGUGCCGCCCGUUCUAGCAUGUUUCUCGGAUCCGGAAAGUCGGAUCCGGUACUUUGCGUGUGAGAGCAUGUACAACAUAGCGAAGGUGUCAAAGGGAGAAAUAUUGAUAUUUUUCAACGAAAUAUUCGAUGCUCUUAGCAAGCUCGCUGCCGACUCAGAGACAUCUGUGCGAAAUGGGGCUGAACUUCUCGAUCGCUUACUCAAAGACAUCGUCGCCGAGUCCGGUCCUACCUACGUACCUCAUUUCCCCGAAACGGAGAAGAUUCGACGAGAAAAGCAGUCGGAUGGAAUCACAGGUUUAGGCAUAGCUUUAGUGUCGAAAGAAGGCUUCGAGCCAGCAGGUCAGCCACACAAUCAGCACGCAUUCUCGCUGGCGCGAUUCAUUCCGCUACUAUCCGAGCGAAUAUAUGUGCUCAGUCCGCUCACGAGGAGCUAUCUGGUUUCGUGGAUUACGGUCUUGGAUUCGGUACCUGAUCUGGAGUUGGUGUCAUAUUUGCCAGAAUUCCUGGAUGGGUUAUUAAAAUACCUGUCGGACCCCACAGAAGACGUCAGAAUUGCGACGGAGAACGUGCUCGCUGAUUUCCUGAAGGAGAUCCGGCAGAUCGCCCAAGUACAAGCACAGCGAGAGGGGGUGCGAUUGAGAAAGCUGGAGAAAGCAAAGGCUAGGAGGGCGGAAGGGGAUCUUGAACCAAAAACCCCACCGCAGCGGACUAAUGGCGAGUCUGGGGUGUAUGGAUAUGACGAAGAAGAGGAGCUAGUGGACGAUCAGGGGAGAGGUAACGGAGCUUGGAUACCUGGUCAGAAUGUCGCCGUUGAUCAUGCCGCCAUCGUAGAAAUCCUUAUCGCGCAGCUAGAUACGGAUCAUGACGAAAUCCAGCAAAGCACUGCUUUACGAUGGCUCACCGAAUUCCUUUCUUUCGCGAAAGAAGUCCUCGUCCCGUUCACUCCUCGCCUUAUACUCGCCGUCCUACCCAAUCUUGCGCAUCAUGUGGCCACAAUACAAGCUGCAGCGCAAAUGAUGAAUCAGCAGCUCUUCCAGGUCAUUCAAGCUCUUCCCGCGCCUGUCACUACGCCGGAUGUGGGCACCCCUCAGCCACCACAAGUUACACUCCCUCCCCCACCUCCCCCUCCGACAACUGCUUUGCCCUCUCGCGCACAGUCAGUAGCAUCAAUGAAUCGCACGGCGCCCGCUUCUCCCACUUUUGACGGAGUAGCCUUUCCUUCACGAGCCAGUCGGGAUUCCAAUCGUGAUAGCGCGGGUAUCGAUGCUUCUGCAACCCCCGUUCCGGCUAGGCGACAGCCUGCGCCCUCCCCCGUCCCGUCAACUUCUACGGCCCCUGAGCCAUCAGCUGCUGCAGAUGGGUCUACACCGAGCAAAGCGGUUGUGAACACUUCUGCCCCUCUGACAGAGUCGCCACCAAAUCUAGACCAGUCUAUCGAAUCACCCGAUCCCCUUGACUAUCAACUUACAGUCAAUUCCCUCACAGUCCAAUUCAUGAGCGAGCAUGAGGAGACGCGAGUAGCAGCUCUGAAAUGGCUCCUAAUGCUGCAUCUGAAGGCACCGAAUAAGAUUUUGGCAAUGGAUGAUGGGACAUUCCCUGCGUUGCUGAAAACACUGUCGGAUCCUUCAGAAGAAGUCAUCAAACACGAUCUGCGACUGUUAGCGCAGAUAUCUUCGAGCUCAGAAGAUUCAUACUUCAAGUUAUUUAUGGUAAAUCUCUUGGAGCUUUUCAGCACGGACAGGCGGUUGCUGGAGACUCGCGGUAGUCUGAUCAUCCGCCAGUUGUGCCUCAGCCUCAACAGCGAGCGAAUAUACCGCACAUUUGCCGAGAUAUUGGAACGAGACGAAGAUUUAGAUUUUGCCAGUACAAUGGUUCAGAAGUUGAAUAUCAUCCUUAUCACAUCGCCAGAACUGCAAGAGUUCCGACGGCGACUGAAGAACCUGGAGUCUAAGGACGGCCAAAUGUUGUUCUCCAUAUUGUAUAAAUCUUGGUGUCAUAAUGCGGUCGCGGUGUUCUCUCUCUGUCUGCUAGCCCAGGCCUACGAACAUGCAUCCAAUCUCCUUCAGAUUUUUGCGGAGUUGGAGAUUACCGUGCAAUUCCUUGUACAGGUUGACAAGCUCGUGCAGCUCAUCGAAUCACCCGUCUUCACUUCUUUGCGUCUACAGUUGUUAGAGCCUGAUCGCUAUCCUUACCUUUUCAAGUGUCUCUAUGGCUUACUCAUGCUUCUCCCACAAAGUACUGCAUUCAUCUCCCUCCGAAAUCGCUUGAACGCCGUAAGCUCUCUCGGGUUUCUACAUAUCGCCCCGAAAACCAAUGUUGCCGCUGCUCGUUCUAAACUGUCUCGAGACGAGGUCAAAUGGCAAGAACUUUUAUCACACUUCCGGGUGGUACAAAUGAAGCACGAGAAGUAUCGGCGACAAGCUGCUGGGGGUGACGUCAGUCCGUUAGCCGGUCUCGGCCUCAACUCGAAUGGCGUCCCGUCGGCCGCAAGCAGAGUCCAAGGGCGAAGAGUUACUGCGGGAUCGAAAGACGCCCCUCCUGUGGUUCGAGAGAAUGCUGGGGGCCGACUGAGUAGCGUUUUAUCCCCUCUGAACCCCAGAGCACGAGGUUCUUCUGGCGGGCAGACGUUGGCGCCGUUAAUGUCGGCCUUUUCAGGUUCGCCAAGAGCAGUGAGCCCAACGGCUGCAGCGGCGACCAAACGUCGUGGGACAUUAGGAGGUCUUCGCAAGUAG